CAGGAUGCAGCCGACAGGGGGCACAGACACCGCAAAGUUCCCUCAAUGUUACGCAAGCUAGGAGGAAGUACUGUCCUGUAAUUGUUACUGUACGCACCGUACGAUACAGUCAUCCUCGAGGUUAGACUGGAGGCGACUUUAUAGACCUGUACACUGCUGCGGCCAAGUGAUCUGGUCAGACAGGCGCCAUGGAGCUCUCUGGGUGCGCUAAAGGAAUAAGGGACUUUGUGCAAGAGCACUCAUCCGGCAUCACUGUUGCUGUAGUCGCAGGUGUGGGGCUUGUGGUUCUCCGGAGGUGGUUUGCCGGAGGCAAGUGCAAGAGCCGAGCUCGCCUGGAUGGGAAAACUAUCCUCAUCACCGGAGCCAACACCGGUAUCGGCAAAGCCACAGCCGAAGAGCUAGCUUGCAGGGGGGCGAGGGUCAUCUUGGGGUGCAGGGACUUGACCAGAGCCAACAAGGCCGCGGAGGAGAUCCGCCAGAACAGUGGCAAUGGAAACGUGGUGGUGAAGCAGCUGGACCUUGCCUCGCUGCAGUCGGUGCGCCAGCUGGCUAAGGACAUCCUGGAGAGCGAGGACAGACUGGACAUCCUCAUUAACAAUGCAGGCAUCAUGAUGUGCCCUCAGUGGAAGACAAGGGACGGGUUUGAAAUGCAGCUGGCUGUGAACCACCUGGGCCACUUCCUGCUCACAAACAGCCUGCUGGACCUGCUCAAGAAGUCUUCCCCGAGCCGCAUCAUCAACGUCUCCAGCCUCGCUCAUGAGAAAGGUCAGAUCAACUUUGACGACAUCAACCUGGAAGCAAGCUACGAUCCCGUGACGAGCUACAGACAGAGCAAGCUGGCCAACGUUCUGUUCACACGGGAGCUGGCCGCGCGCCUGAAAGGUACGGGAGUGACGGCAAACUGCCUGCACCCUGGAGUCAUCCGCACCGAACUGGGGCGGCACUUGAUGCCCACUAUUCCAGUGUGGAAGAAGGUUGUAUUCUUCCCAUUUCUCCUCCUGGUCUUCAAGACUCCAAGACAGGGAGCUCAGACCACCAUCCACUGCGCGGUGGAUGAGGAUCUGGAGGGCGUCACCGGUGUCUAUUUCGCUGACUGCGCUCCUAAGGAAACAGCUCCCCAGGGCCAGGAGGAUGAGGCUGCCAAGAGACUAUGGGAUCUCAGUGCCCAGAUGGUUGGUCUAUCCUGAUGGAGCCCUGAUGUACUCACUCCCCAAAUCUGUUUGUUAAAAGCGUGGUAGUAAGUAGUCCUCUGCUGUAUUUCAGGAGGAUCUGCAAGUAUUUUACACAUUUUCUCCUCAUAUUCUGUUCAGCAGUUCUGCAUGUUGCCUUUGCCUUUAAGGUCCUGAUUAAACCGUUAAUUUAAUUGACGACCAGUAAAAUAGGUGCAGCCCAGGGAGUUUAGAACAUACAGUAUAGCACCACCAGCUUCUUCUCCAGCAGGACAGAUCAGAACUCCUCCAUGCACAGCUGGACUUUAUAUUCUUCAUGCUGAGAACAAGCUUUGAGUGUCUAGAUGUUUCCCAAUGUGCAUUUGGUGUAUACUGUAGCUGUUCUCUGAUUGGCUGGCUGGAAAACUGGAUUAUGCGGAAACAAGAAUGGGAUAGGAAACUUUAUGGCCACAUCGAACAUACAAUCUUGUGUUGUGUCAUCUGGUGUGCCUUGUGCCUGGGAAAUAUACAUAGACAUUGUAGCCGAAUAAUUGUACUUAUCUAAUAUUUGUAGCUCAAUUAAUGAGGUUUGAUUGCCUCUUUUUCAACUUUGAUGAAACCUUCUAUCUCUUCUCUGUAUCUCUUUCUGACUUUUAGAUGUGUGUGCCAGUGAACACUAAUGGGAUGUGUAAAUUCAAACUUGAAUAAAUUUUUCCAGAAUCCAA